AUGGACUUCCAGGUCAGAAAAUGGUUUCCUAGAAGCUCGGUCAAGAGCGCCUCGCCUCCCAUCUCCCGCGUGGACUCUACAAAGUCGAGCAAUUCAAAAUGGACCAUGACCACCACCACCACCACCACCAGCACAGUCCAGGAAGACGCCCCUUCCGAGGACGUCGCCCUCUCCCUUCAUCCGCUCGCCUCCAAGGACGGCCUCAUCGCCAAGAUCACGCCGCCGACGCAGCCCACUGAGCCCACCGACCACGUGCCGUGCGAUAUCGUCCUGGUCAUCGACGUGUCGGGCAGCAUGGGCUGCAACGCCCCAGUGCCCGCAAACCCGGGCGAGAAGGCGGAGAACUACGGCCUGUCGGUGCUCGACCUCGUCAAGCACGCCGCGCGCACCGUCCUCGAGACCCUCAACGACGGGGACAGGCUCGGCAUCGUGACAUUCGCGUCCAAGGCCAAGGUCUUGCAGAAGCUGACCCCCAUGGACGCGAAGAACAAGGCGCUCGCCGAGAAGAUCAUCAACGGCAUGAGACCCGACGACGCGACGAACCUGUGGCACGGCCUGCUUGAGGGCAUAAAGUUGUUCAACACGUGCGGCGAGAUGAACAUGGGGCGGGUCCCGGCCAUGAUGGUCCUGACGGACGGAAUGCCGAACCACAUGUGCCCGAAUCAGGGCUACGUGCCCAAGCUGCGUGGAAUGGAGCAGCUGUCCGCAUCGAUUCACACGUUCGGCUUUGGGUAUUCCCUCAGAUCGGGUCUUUUGAAGUCCAUUGCCGAGAUCGGCGGCGGCAACUAUUCCUUCAUACCCGAUGCCGGCAUGAUUGGAACCGUCUUCGUCCACGCGGUGGCCAACUUGCAAGCGACCUAUGCCGUCAAUGCCACCUUGCGCUUCAGCUACCCCGCCUCCGUCCAUCUGGACGAGAUCAGCGGCGACUCCGUUGUUAGGCAAGAGGCGGUCACUCUGGCCGAGGAGGACGGUGAGCAGAAGCAGCUCUCGAUAUCUCUCGGCAACGUCCAGUACGGCCAAUCACGCGACAUCUUCCUCGAGGUCACAACCUCCAAGGACCUUGUGCCGGAGAACUCAACCAUCAGGGCAGUGCUCGAGUACUCCCGGAUGACCAGCAACACCAAGGUCUCUCCCCAGCUUCUGGAACAGCUCCGAGACCUCAUCGCAAACCUUCCCGCCAACAGCUUCCCCUCCGACCCCCAGAACAGAUCCCUCGUCGAGGACCUCGCUGGCGAGCAGCCAAAGGGGCAGGUCACCCUCGCCCUGUCGAGCCCCGAGUACUACAGCAAAUGGGGCGUCCACUACCUCCCCUCGCUCCUCAACGCGCACGCCCGCCAGGUCUGCAACACGUUCAAGGACCCCGGCCCGCUCCGCUACGGCGCCGACAGCCCCCUCUUCGUGGCGUGCCGGAACCGGCUGGACGCGGCCUUCGACAACCUGCCCGCGCCGACGCCCUCGAACCAGCACAUGGCGACCCACCGCGGGCGCGUCAAGAUGAGCUCGUACAACAGCUCCUCCGGCGUCUGCUUCGCCUCCUCGACCCCCGUCCAGCUGGCCUCGGGCCGCACGGUUCCCAUCAAGGCGCUCCGGCGGGGCGCAGCGGUGCGCACGCCGAGCGGCCCGCGCCGCGUCGUCGCCGUGCUCAAGACGCCGGUGCGGAGGGAGGUCAUGUGCCGCGUUGGCGACCUCGUCGUCACGCCCUGGCACCCGCUCUCGCUGGACGGCGGCAAGACCUGGGCGUUCCCCGCGAGCGUGGCGGACCGCCGCUCGGUGCGGUACACGGGGUGCGUCUACUCCGUCCUGCUGCAGCCGGACCGGGACGCCGCCGCGCACGCGCUGAGCGUCGCCGGCGUCUGGGGCGUCACGCUCGGCCACGGGCUCGUUUCCGGGCGGGACGCGCGGGCGCACGCCUUCUUUGGCGACUACAAGAAGGUGGCCGGGGAUCUGAGAGCAGUAGGCGUGGGGAGGAACGGCGUGGUCGUCGGCCGAGGUGUGGUCAGGAACCCGGGCACUGGUCUGGUUCGCGGCUUCAGGGCGCACGGAAAACGGUCUGUUUUUUCGAGCAGGAAGAACAAGGUCAACUGCUCUGCUGUCUAG